GAUCUUCUGCUUCGGAGAUAAAUAUGGUGGCCCAUGUUUACGAUGCAAAAAGGUAACCAAGGGAAAAGUUGUGAAAUAUGUAGCGAAAUUAUCAAAGACAAAAAAUCCUACAGACAGGUGAAAUCAAAUGUAGAUUUUUGUCAGUUAUUUUUAGAACUGAACUUGGAAGAAGACGGUUACGUUUGCAAGUUUUGUGUUAACAAGUAAAACGAAAGUAGCGAAGUUGACCGAGAAACGGAAUGAGUUGUUGGCAGAAUUAAAAAAUGCUGUCGGUAGCAAAGUACUUACACCUGUCAUUAGAAAACGGGGACGACAAAAAACACACACCAACACCCCGUAAACUAAAGGUCCGACGCUUGUUGUCAUUCCCAAAUUCUCCUGGAGCUAGUGACGUGCGUGACCCAGCUGAUUCCAUAAAGCCAUUGAGAGAUGAAUCAGCAGGAGAGAGAUCUCAGCAAGCUGCAGAUGUAUUGGAUGAACAAAUUCAGCCCUUAGUUGUAGACAGUGUACAACCUGAUUCACAAACUAAGUUAUACCAUGAAAAGGACUUUGAUGUCAAGAGUGUGUGCUAAAAGAUGGACAUCGUGUUGUCAAAGAUUGGCCAUCGCUCAGUCAAGCUAACGAACCGCUUUCCAAACUUGAUCCAAAGGCUAUGCAACAGUGGAUGCAGUUUCAGAAGAGAAUUGCUUCCAAAUUAGAACAUGGACAGUGAAAAUGCAGUCUAUAUAAUCAUAGUAGGUCUUUGUUAGGCCUCGCCUAAUGACAGGUGCCCUAUAGGUAUCAUUUUAUGUCAAUGAAGUUGUUUCUUUGAAAAGAAUUUCAUGAACUUUACACUUGAUUUCACAGAGAAAGGCCUGAUUUAUCAGAUUUGUCAUUGAAUACAUAGUUAUGGGAGUCGGAAUUUUUUUGUGAAAUCAGUAAAAUAAUGAUAGCAUCUUCUUUGAUAUGCAAUAUCUUUGAGACUAGAAUUUUUUUUAGGGUGGAUGUACGAAUUCAACUACCAGACCAGAUACAUGUAGUUCAGUGGUACAGCACCAGAUGGUUAAUAUUCAUUGUAGGUCUCUUUCUCACUUGGAAGUUUUCUGUUAAAUAUGAGAAAGUAUUUAAGCUUGUUACAAUUAUCGGUAUCAAUGGCCAUUUUCACAAAAAAUCUUUGGAGUAAUAAAGUUUGACUCUGCCUUAAA